CGGGUUUCUCCAUCGUUAACAAAAACAGAAAAAGGGCAUUCGUUAUUAUUAUUAUUAGUUGAUACACGCAAUGGCCAAUUCACUCGGCCAUCUCUCUCCGGCUGCUGUCACCACCGGCCGCUUCUCCUCCUCCUCACGGCCACCGUCUCCUCCCGUUGUCCUGGACCUCCCUCCCAUCAACCGCAGGUCAAUGGCGUUGGGGCUGAGCGGUGCAGUGUGGAGCUGGAGCGCUAAGGAGGAGGCCAACGCAGCAGCGAGAAGGCCGCCGCCGCCGCCACAGGCGGAGAAGAAGGACCCAAACGUUAGCGGAGUCCAGGCCAAAGUGUUGGCCAGCAAGAAGCGUAAGGAAGCCAUGAAAGCCGCCAUUGCCAAGCUUCGAGAGCGUGGCAAUUCCAUCAACGAACCUUCUCCUCCUCCUCCUUCUGAUGAAUGAUAGGCGAGACCUUUUUCAAAUCUGAGAAACAAAGUUAGUUACAAUAGUGUAUCGUCUCUUCUCCCCACCUCAUUUGUUAUUCAGUUCCAGUUUGAUGGGUUUCAUCAUCAAACCUCGACAGAUCUUGUCGGAACUCGUGAAGCACAAACCUCGAUCUGAAUC